GAGGGCCAAUGCUAACACAGCGUUUAGGAGGGGGAGGGGGUGGUGGGUUUUUUGUUUUGUUUUGCUUUUCACGUUUAAAUGUAUAAAAUUGAGUUGUUAAGCAAGUCUUUGUACAUUUUAACACAUAAUCUUCCCAAAUAACACACAAAGUUAACACAAUUUAUUUGAUUUAGUUAAAAAAUUAAUCCCACUCACAUUAAUCCAAUAAAAUUGUAAAUAGUAAAUAUUAUUUUUCUGAAUUUUUUGUUUACAUUUUUCUAAAAAAAGAGAAAUAUGUUCAUUUCAAAAUAAAAAAUGGUGUAAUUUAACUAAAUAAAGGUACCGGGUAACUAAAUUUUUAACACAUAUUAUCAUAGAACCACAAAAAUAUGAUACUUUUUUUUUAUUACCCACCCCUUACCCUUUUUUACUUUAUAUAAUAUAGCAUACCCAUUGGACCCCCCCCCCCUUCCCCAAAUAUUAUAUACGAUUUCGAGGAACCACACACACAUAAUUUUUUUUAUUACCCCCCCCUUCCCCUUUUUUACUUUAUAUAAUAUAGCAUACCCAUUGGACCCCCCCCCCCCUUCCCCAAAUAUUAUAUACGAUUUCGAGCAACCACACACACAUACAGAUAAAAACGAAUCAUUUCCAAACAAGCAAAUUUCAAGCAAAAAACAAAAAAAUAUAUUUUGUACUUAAAAAUGUGCUUUUUAUUUUAAGCAAAAGAUACAUUUUGUUUUCAGUAAUCUAGGCUAAUUGAUAUACAUUGAAGAAGCAGAAAUUUUGCUAAUAUAAUAAUCAAUGAAACAAAUUAAAUAAAAAGAAUUGUUAUAUAAAAUUGCUCUCUACCAACCCCACCUCAUAUUAACACAAUACAAUGAUAACCCCUACCCCAUUCGCGUUAUAUAUGUGCACGGUCUCUUAGCAUGGGCAUGGUACAGGUGGUGGAUGUUACAACUCUUUACACAAAAAUUGGCUUAAAAGUUAAUCUUGUGAGAUUUAGGACGGGUGACAACUUACAACCACAACUCUUGCAAGGCGCAGUGUCACAAUUUAGGGUUGGUUAGGAAUUAAGCCCCAAAGCCUAAAAAGAAUAAAUGACGUUUUUAGCGGGAUGGUCACGUUUUUAUGAUGGCAUCUGACUGAGCCAAUUUCAACGUUGCAUUACAUAUAAAAAUUGUCAAUCGCUACUGAAGUAGAUACCCCCCCCCCCUAACUUUCAAUUAGCUUUGUGGGUGUGAAUAUUAGGAUUGGAUAAAUUAUCGUGAUGUUAGUGUCAUAGUAAAAUAUGCAUUUAAGACUAUUCUGAAGUGUGAUAAAAAAGCUGUCAAGCCCUGCUCAGUACUAUUUAGCAUGUCACGACCCCGAAGAACUAUUUCUAUAAUUUAUAUUCCCCACAAUAUGGCCAUAUAUAUGGGUUAAAAUUAAAAAUGAAUGGGGAAAGUUAUAAAAAAUGUCUACAAUACUACAAUAUUAUUUUUUACAUCAAAUUUUUUUAGAUUGUAUUCAGAAAAAAUUUAAAGCAUAUCCUUUAUUGAAAUUAUAUAAAAGUUACGGUGUACGUAACUUACCAAACCUUGUGGUUUGUACGGAGUUCAUGCCUUUGAAUAUCAUAUCAUUUUUAUGAGACUUGCAACUUCCGUAGCAACAAAAAUGGCGGAUGGCGACAAUGAAGCAAAUUUAGUAUCUACCAAGAAGAAUGUGAAAAAGAAGGGAUUACCACCAAUGUCUCCUAGAUCUAGUGAACUCAAUGGUGAUGCCGAAAUAAAAAAAGUUAAGAGGAAAAUUAAAAAGAAAUUACCGAAUACUGAAAAUCAAUCUACAGAGCCUAAUAAACCUCAUGAUUCUGAUGCUGAUGAAGGAGACCCAGCAGAGGUAAAACAACUAAUAAUUAGCACAAAAUUUUUAAAUUAUAAUUGAAUUGCAUACGUGGUAAUGCAAAGAAUGGAUGCCAUAUUUUUUCCCCAUGUAAACUCUAAACCUAACCUGAACCGUAAAUCAACUAAAUGUAUCCCUAAACCUAACCUGAACCCUAUACUAGAUACUUCGGUAAACCAAGGGAGACUACUAUUUUUUGUGAAUCGGAAAUGGCAAUCAGUGCCGAAAAAUCUGCGUUUUUAAUUUUCCGAUGUGUGUGUCUAUUUAUUAUUAAAUGAUUACUUUUGACAUAUAUUUGAGUUCCGUUUCCGGCCUUAUAUUUAGGUAGACGUCUUGGCCUACAUUUACACUGAUUUGUUUUAAUUUUUCAAUCGACCUGUAUUUUGAGAUAAGGCAUCUUUGCAUCAAAAAAUUUGGUUGAAAUAUUCAAAGUAGGUCUUUCUUAUUAAUUGUAGGCCUGCAUAAUUUAUUGAAGUAUAUGUGUGCAAAAUCUCAUUGGGAUAGCUCAUUAAACAUUUUUUCUAUGUUCUUCAAUGUAGACCUAAUUAUGCAUAGGUCGCUCACCGCAAAUCCUAUAGACUAUAGGGGAGUGGCCACACCCCCUUUUUGAUGGCGGAAGACGCCGUUUAGCUACAGGUUGCAAAUAUAAUUUUUGUUUCAGUAUGACAACAACAUUAUUAAAUAUUUUAAUUAGAAAAAACAAGAAAAUCUCAAUUAUCAACUUGAAAUAAAAUAUAUUGAAAUCAUAUAUCUGCCAUGUUGUGGUUAUACUUAUUCUAGAAGUAAGGAACUGAAGCAGUCACUGGUGACUGAUGUGACACAUAUUUGUGCAACCGUUGCUAGGGGCAACAUUAUUACUCAUUAUUACCCGUGCUGUAUAUAAAUAUUGUCACAUAGAGUUAUAGAGAGCCCCAGUUGUUCAUAAGUUAGUUGAAGUAUAUUUAAUUAAAUAUAAACGUAAAACCCCUUUUAAGUACUGACUUGAACUUAUUUUUAGUCAGUUUUUGUCAGACUUGAGUUUGGGCAUUCAAAAUCUCAGUGUUUCAUUACAUUGUUGUUGUUGUUUGUUUUUUUACCAUAAAUUAAUUUUAUUUUACCUCACCUCAACCUGUUUGAAAUGUUUUUAUUAAUCCAUUUUCUUGAACCAGAAAACUUCUUUUUUAUUUGCUAUAUUUUUAUGAAUGAAAUUCCAGAAUGGCAGAAGCAAUCAAUAAAUCUUGUGAUUUAGAGGAGCUUUUAAGCUGUUAUUAAAAUCUUGGCAAUGACUUUAUGCAAAUAAGAAAAGUUUUAAUAGCACUGCUAGGGCAUUACUUUUAGAAGUGCCAACUCCAAAUGUUAUGGAGGUUAAUGCAAGUAAUAUAAAUAAAUUACAAUUAAAAAUAAGAAAUCUGUAUUAUUGUAAAUAUGUCAUUAUUUGACAAAUUAACAAAAUUCAAAUCAAAGUAUUGGGAUGAAAUUGUGAAACUUUUAUCAGAAAAGUUUCCUCUUUUUGAUGUAGCAAAUCCAGCACCAAAUUUAGAUGCAGAUUUUCAAAAUGUUAGUACUUCAAAUCCUGUAUCAUCAACUGGUGGAUCAGCUCCUUCCACCAGUAACCCAGGUCCCUGUAUAAAUGACCCAGAUCCCUUCACCACUGACCCAUGUACAUCCACCACUGAUCCAGGUCCAUCUACCAGUGAUCCAGGUCCAUCCACCAGUAACCUUUAAGUUUACGAAAGGAUUGUCAUAAUUGUGCUUUAAAGAGAAAGAUAAAUGAGAAACUUGCUGGACAAAAUAAAAAACUAAAAAGUUAAAAGGAAGCUAUUAAAAAGCAAUAUAAAGUUAAACAAGUUAAUAGAAAACUGAAAAGACUAACGGCAAGAAUACAAAUAAAACAGCAAAGAAAAAGAGAUAUCAUAAAUAAAAAUUCAACAUUAAAUAACACAGUUAAAGUUUUACAGAAAAAGCAAGGUAUGCAUAAAUUAAUUAUUAGUAGUCUUAAAAUAUCUCAAAAAUAUUUAGAAGAUUUAAAAAAAAACCCAUAAAGAUGCUCAUCAAGAUUCAUGACAUGGAAUAUUUUAAAAUUUGUAAAUAGGCAUGCUUAACAUUGAAUAAGUGCAUGUUUUAUUAAAAUUGCAGCAUCACAUUGCAUGCACUGAUUUUUACAGUGGUAAUUUAAUCCAGUUAGAUUGAAUUAUUAUUAUUUUUUUAAAGCUAUGGUUUUUAUUUAAAAGAAUUUUUUUUUCUCGAUUGGGUUGGUUUUUAAAAAAAAUUGAUACAUAAGUCCUAUAGAUGGCUAAAUACAAACAAUGCAUGGACAUUUUCUGUAUUUAAUUAAUUUUUAAGAGAAUCCUUAAUAUAAAGUGUAAUUCCCCUUAAUUUUACCUCGUAAACUUUGAAAAUAAAAAAGUUAUGAUUUUUUUAAAGAAUUAAAUCAUUGCCAUUUUGUAGACUGUUUGGUAAAUUUGAAUAAAAUUAAUUUAAAAAAGGACUUUUCCUGAAAAUGUUCUCUAUUUUUUUGUUUUUUCUAUGAAGUAUAAUGAUAGCGAAGCUUCCCUGUUAAUUAGAGAUUUUUUCAUUAAGUUAUGACAUAGUUAUAGCUGAAAAUCAAAAAAAAAAAAAAAAAAAAAGAGGGUACCAAAAUUUUGAGAAAAAUGCAUGUUAAAAAAUGACAAAAAUAACAGUUUUUCAAAAAUUCAUAACUUUAAAACUACAAUAGCUAAAAAUUUGAUUUUGGUGUCUAAAUUCUGUUAAAAAUAAGCUCUAUUCAAUUAUGUCAUUGAUUCAUUUUUUUCACCAAAGUGCCUACCUAUACUAUAUACUAUAUGAGUAUCCCUAAACCGGCUGAAAUUAAGAUAGAAUGCCAAGACGUCUUUUGGGUGUUUACGUGUGGUAGUCACUUCCCUUUGUUUAUUUUUUUUUAUGUAUUAGUAUUCGUACGCUGAUGGCAUGUCUUGUAUUAAAAUUUUAAUUGGUUGAUAAAUUAUAAUUUUAAAUUAUCAUUGGUUGGCUAAUUAUCAUAUUAUAUGGCUAUUCGUACCCGGGUACCAGAAAUGAGAGGUUGGGAUUAAAAAAAUAUUAAAAAUUUUAUUGUUGGAUUUGUAUGACAAAAUGAGGUAUCAAAUGAAAGAUAAUUGAAUUGACUUUAUGUUUGUAAACUUAAUUCUUCAGUUUAACUAAAAUAAACUACCACAAAUGACAUCUGAAUAGCACUGAGUCCAAAUGGACCCAGACAUGCAGCGGCGCCAUUCGCACCCGGUAGUUUAUUUUAGUUAAACUGAAGAAUAGUGUAACAAUAGUGUAAUUAAAUUGAAGAUCGUUAAUAUCACUAGCUUUGGUAUCAUUUUUCUUUGUAUACUAAUUUUCUUUCCAUUUUUACAUAUUGUUCAUCUAAGGUGCCAAAGCUUAUCAAAUAUAUCACUACGAAAAUUGGCGCUUAUGCAAAUCAGUAUAUACUAUACUGUAGAGAAAUAUUUUAAAUUAAAAGGAUAUAUAUUAUAAUCCAGGCCCUCCAAAGUGAAAGAGUGAGGAAACAUAACACAAUUUUAUGACAAAAAAGUCCUUCUAUAUAUGAAAUAUCCACUAACAUCCAAAAAAAAAACCCACAGAUUUAUCUGGGCUUACUUCAGUUGCUAUUACAAAUUUAGUAGUAGUCUCCCUUGCUUUACUGAAGUGCCUAGUAACUACAAAUACAUAAGGCACAAUAAGAUUAAGAACUUUAAAACUAAAACGUAAGUGAAGUAAAAAUUGAUUCUUCGCUCCCAUUGGGCCAUUUAUAUAUAAAAAAAAAACUUUUUGAGUCAUAUGGUUUUAUUAAGACAUCUAAAAAUUAUUUUUCAUGCUAUUAAAAUAUGUUUGGUUUUAUGUAAUAUUAUUGUCAAUAGUUAAUAAAGUUAUAAGAUCUACAAUAAUUUUUUUGGGAUAUACUUUAUGCAUACAUGUAAUCUAACUAAUUAAUGCCUUUGCUUUCAAAGAAUAAACAUUUUAAAAUAAAGGGGGAGCUUUCAACUGAACAAUAAAUGAUUUAUUACAGAACAAACCAACCCCAAGGCGUAGAAGAAAACGCUCUCCAAGUCAAGCUAAGGCAACUGAUGAUGAAAUAACUUCUCCUGCAUCAGCCACAGCAACACCUAGAAAGAAAAAGAAGAAACCAAAAGCAGAAAAAACUGAUGAAAUCAGAACCCAAAGUCCUAGUGUAGGGGAUCAGUUGAAUAAUAAGGUUAAUUUUUCUUUAUUAAAUAUUUAACUUGCAUUUAUUAGCCACCAUUUUCCUAAUUAUUUUAAAUUUUGAGAGAAACAAAAAAAUUGAAUGUAAAAAUUUUAUUGUCAUCAGUGGCGUAGCAAGUUAGUGCCACCCGAGGUAUGCCAUGAUUUUUGUCUCCCUCUUACACAAAAAAACCCCCUAUGCAGUUGGCUAAAAAUGAGGCUAAAAAUGAGGCCCCUCCAUAUAAAGAAAAAAAGUAAACCCCCCCCCUCCCCCCCCCCUCUACACCACCCUUCCUACAUCACUGAUGCUCAUGAUAGUUUUUUUUUGUUCUUUAACACAAAAAAACCCCCAAUGCAGUUGGCAAAAAAUGAGGCUAAAAAUGAGGCCCCCCCAUAUAAAGAAAAAAAGUAAACCCCCCCCCUCCCCCCCCCCUCUACACCACCCUUCCUACAUCACUGAUGCUCAUGAUAGUUUUUUUUUGUUCUUUUCUCAAAUAAAAAUGUUAAAUUUUCACUUUCAAAUGAAUCAUUAGGAUAGCCAAGGAAGCAAAACAAGUCUCAUAUCAAAAGAUGAGACAACGCCGAGAAAGAAAACAGCCAGAAAGAAAAAGAAAGUUAAAAAAGUGGAAGAAGGGGUAGAUGAAUUUGGUGACACUCCCUGGGCUGAUGAUCUGCGGACAAUGAGAGAUGAUAUCAUCAUUGGUGAUGGUGAGAAGAAAACUGAAGAGCUUGGAGAGGUCAUUGAAGAGAAGAAGCAGCCCUUGACAACCUUCUUCACCACACCCAUUCUUCGAAGUCAACCUGUGGAUAAGAUAUUUAUUGAAACCAGUAGUAAGUAUUAUUUGACCAUUACAGGGUUUAUCAUUUUAGAGCCGGCAUGAAGUCUUGAAUAUUUAAAUUUUGCUGCACAUGUCAUAUAGCUUUUCGUUUGUUAUUUAUGUUUGUAAAUUAAUCAUGACUUAAAGAUGUGCUUAAUUUAACAAUUCAUUAUUUAUGUUUGUAAAUUAAUCAUGACUUAAAGAUGUGCUUAAUUUAACAAUUCAUUAUUUAUGUUUGUAAAUUUAUCAUGACUUAAAGAUGUGCUUAUUCAAUAAUUCAUUAUUCUGAUAACUCUGGAUAAAGUAAAUAGAUUCCCAUUCAGAUUAAAAAUAUUGAUAAAACUUAAAUAAAAGUUAUAGUCAGCUAGCUGCCACACAUAUAAAGUAUAUGUUGUAUAAAGCACCAUAUACCUUUACAUUAUUAGCCACCAUUUUCCUAACUAUUAUAAAUUUUGAGAGAGACAAAAAAAUUGAAUGUAAAAAUUUUGAGAGCUUGGAGAGGUCAUUGAAGAGAAGAAGCAGCCCUUGGCUGCCACAAAUAUAAAGUAUAUGUUUUUUAAAGCCCCAUAUUUCUUUACGGAACAGUUCAUAUUUUUAGUGAUGUGGCAAAAACUGGUCAUUCGCUUAGAUAGUCUCUUCAUCAUUCAAUUCUGGCAGCAGAUAUCAACAUCUGGAUGCCUUGAGUGAUCUCCUGUUUGCUGAGUCCACAUUCCAAUCAUUUAAUUUAGUUCAUUUUUAAAACAUUUUAUAAAAUGGACUGAUAUGUUUUGUAUGGUGGUGUUUUCUUAACACUUUUUGAUAGCUAUUUUUGCUAGGAUCUCAUCAUUGUCCAUCUCAUAAUAGCUAUUUUUGCUAGGAUCUCACCAUUGUCCAUCUCAUAAUAGCUAUUUCUGCUAGGAUCUCACCAUUGUCCAUCUCAUAAUAGCUACUUCUUCUUAGGAUCUCACCAUUGUCCAUCUCAUAAUAGCUACUUCUUCUUAGGAUCUCACCAUUGUCCAUCUCAUAAUAGCUAUUUCUGUUUAGGAUCUCACCUUUGUCCAUCUCAUAAUAGCUAUUUCUGCUAGGAUCAUACCAUUGUCCAUCUCAUAUUAGCUAUUUCUGCUUAGGAUCUCACCGUUGUCCAUCUCAUAAUAGCUAUUUUUGUUUAGGAUCUCACCAUUGUCCAUCUCAUAAUAGCUAUUUCUGCUUAGGAUCUCACCAUUGUCCAUCUCAUAAUCUCAUAAUAGCUACUUCUGCUUAGGAUCUCACCAUUGUCCAUCUCAUAAUAGCUACUUCUGCUUAGGAUCUCACCUUUGUCCAUCUCAUAAUAGCUACUUCUGCUUAGGAUCUCACCAUUGUCCAUCUCAUAAUAGCUAUUUCUGCUAGGAUCUCACCAUUGUCCAUCUCAUAAUAGCUAUUUCUGCUAGGAUCUCACCAUUGUCCAUCUCAUAAUAGCUAUUUCUGCUUAGGAUCUCACCAUUGUCCAUCUCAUAAUAUCUAUUUCUGCUUAGGAUCUCUCCAUUGACCUUCUAAUACAGUAAUGACAUUUAUAAAAAUAGUAUGUGGUGGAUAAUCCAAAAUUUGGAUUCAUCAUGUUUUCUUUGUUUUAUUUAGUCCACUGUUGGACAUAUGAAUUAGUUAUUGUCUUAAGUUUUCUCUAUGCAUGAAGAUGAUUUAGUUGACAGUCCACAUUUUUGGACCACAUUGUAUAAUAGUGUCUUAAGUGCAAAAAAAUAAACAAGGAAUAUCUUUUUCCUUUACCUAGUUAUUAAAAUGUUAUGUGUGAUUUAUGGUCAUGUGUUUUACACUAUUUUUGGCUGAAGAGGCAUGUGGAUAUUUUCUUUCGAAUGUGGUAUUGAUAUGAAAGCACCUAAUAGAUUGACAAAGUUUCUAAGGUAUACAUAUGGCUCGCACCCCCCUCCCCUCACCCACAUGUCUGAUCUUAACGUCUAUAAAAUGUAUUCAAUUAUGGGCAACAAUUUAAAGUAUCCACAUACAGGCACUGUGCUUAUUGUAAAAGAAAUAAUAUUUAGUUUUUCAGUGAUCAUCAAAAAUGUAACCAGGAAUAUGAGAACAGUGGCCUGUUGAGGCAUAGACGCAUACAAUUUUUUUCAGGAAUAAAUUUUUGGUUCGCAUGUUUACAAAAAAUGUUUCUACGUAUUUUAUGGCUCGAUGAAAUGUUUAUUUAAGAAGGCGUGUUACAAUCAAUCAUCAUGAAAGUUUUCCUGAUAUUUUGCUUUACAGGUAAAUUUAAAGGCCAGAGCAAAAGUUCACUGGCCAGACAACGGAUGGAAGAGACGGUCAAGCCUAUGGAGCCAGUGUCCUUCCCCAGGACGACCACCAUUGACUUUGCGCUGGCCUCACACAAAAUAUUCAGAGUCGUGACUUUGUUUCUCCACGGCCUGACGGCAGGACUCUCCUUGUGGCAGAUGGUGACCGUCUUUUCCCUGUCCUCAUUCUCCAGCGAUGAUUUCUUGCUACACUACUAUCGCGUUUCAAUGCCACUGCAGUGCUCCUAUUACUUUUUAUUGAUUGUGUGCACAGUAUCAGUCUGUGACAGGUCCGUUAUUUUUUUUUUUACUCAUUCUCCAGCGAUGAUUUCUUGCUACACUACUAUCGCGUUUCAAUGCCACUGCAGUGCUCCUAUUACUUUUUAUUGAUUGUGUGCACAGUAUCAGUCUGUGACAGGUCCGUUAUUUUUUUUUUUUCUCAUCUUUAUUAUUUUUUUUGGUCCAUUUAAAGACAUGAUUUAAAUAACCUAUACAUGAUUUCAAAUUCUACGUCUAAUAACUGUGUUACGCACUGACUUGUAUUGGGAGAAAUUAAUCUCCUAUUUUAAUUUUAAUUGGCUCGUUGUAAGCAGUGCCUAACAAAGGACGAUACCAUAGAACCAACAAUAUUAAAGAUACGACCCAAAACAGUUUCUAGUUACAAUUUAAUUAAGAUUUAUUAUGUCUUAAGAUAAUUACAAAAUAAAAUAAAAUAAAAUUACAAUCUUCAACUUACAGUAUGGUAGAUCUCGUACCGGUACACAGUUAAUACAAUUAGAAAUAAUGAUACCAAUAAAUAAUGCGAAAUAAACACAUAUAAGUAGGUGUACACAAAUACACAAAGAAUAAAACAGGCCUCGUAAUGUUAAGAAAAUUUGUCUGAAAUCUCCGUCCCUCUGUAUCUGUCAAUCCUUUAUAUAUAAUAUGUAGAGUAAGACGCUUCCAGAAGGGCUUAUGACGUGUUGUUUACAUAUCUCGGGUUAAGGAGUACAUUCUAGAAGGUACCCGGAGUCAUUAUACCCAAUGCGUAAUUGGAAGCCGAUUGUAAACACUAUACUUCAAAGGCCUAAGCCACAUCCCUUUGUGAACACAGCGUCUCAUGCGGGGUCAAUCAGAGGGCACGCACGAGAAAUAUGAUGUAAACAAGCUCUCUAUAACAACUGCUACUCUCAUACAUCUAAUAACUGCUACUCUCAUACGUCUAAUAACUGCUACUCUCAUACGUCUAAUAACUGCUACUCUCAUACGUCUAAUAACUGCUACUCUCAUUUUAUUCAUAAGUAAUUCUUUUGUGCCUCAAUAUGUUUUGUUUAUGAUUAAAUUUAACAAAAAUGCAAAAAUUUGACUAGAUAGAUUUUAAAACCUUAAUAAAAUGAUAGGAAGUCUCAAAAUUCAUUUAAUAACAAAAAAAAUCAGAUAAUACCUCAAUAUGUUUUGUUUAUGAUUAAAUUUAACAAAAAUGCAAAAAUUUGACUAGAUAGAUUUUAAAACCUUAAUAAAAUGAUAGGAAGUCUCAAAAUUCAUUUAAUAACAAAAAAAAUCAGAUAAUAAAUAACGUGUUACUUGUUAUGGUAGUACUUUUAUCAAGACAGGAUUUAAAUAGUUUAUGUCUUGCAACCAGGGAAUUUUGGCAGAGCUUUGCUCCAGGUACUGUUACGUGAUGUGGUGAAGGGGGUUCAUGACACAUACCUGGUAGAAGAGUGGGGCAACAUAGCUGGUAGAAGAGUUGGGCAACAUAGCUGGUAGAAGAGUGGGGCAACAUAGCUGGUAGAAGAGUUGGGCAACAUAGCUGGUAGAAGAGUGGGGCAACAUAGCUGGUAGAAGAGUUGGGCAACAUAGCUGGUAGAAGAAUGGCACAACAUAGCUGGUAGAAGAGUUGGGCAACAUAGCUGGUAGAAGAAUGGCACAACAUAGCUGGUAGAAGAGUGGAGGGAAACAGCUGUAAAAAAGUAGGGGCAACAUAGCUAAUACAAGAGUGAGGAAAAUUAGCUGGUACAAGAUUGGGGGAUCAUAGCAAUAGGAGAAUGGGGAGAACAUAGCCGCUAGAGUAUUGGGGCAUCAUAGCUGGUAGAAGAGUGGGAGAUCAUAGCUAUAAGAGAAUGGGGAGAACAUAACCACUAGAGUAUUGGAGGCAACAUAGCUGGUUGAAGAGUGGUGCAUCAAUGUUAAUAAAUUAUCUUUAUAAAUUAAAAAAGUACAAAUUAUAAUUUUAAAAAAAAAUUAAAACAUUAAUCAAAAUUUUUGAAGCUGGGAGCAAUAAGCAAUUUUACCGCUUGAGCUCUGUGAAAGACCCUUCACCAGAGCUCCAGCUUUAAUCUUCACUCCAAGCUCCAAUCCAAAUCCCUGCUUGCAGUUUAUGUUUGAUAUCAAUAUUUUAUACAAAUUCAGAAAAUCAGCAUGACAUUUUAAAUAACACGUUAUUUUUCACUUUUUUAAAAAAGUUUGCGCAAUUUUUAAUCCUCAUAAUUGUAUAACUCUACUUUUGAAAAAAAAAAAUCUAGGUUUGACAUUGGCAAUCCAACACGACGGUUUGUUUUACGGGCACUGACCUUACAGAAUGGUGCCGUAGCUAUAGUUUUCAGCCUGGUUGCCUUAAUUCUCAACAUUGUAGCUAUUCGAUAUGAUGACAAGAUGUACCUGUACAAGGAGUUUAAGGAUCUCUACACAGAUGAUAAUGUGAGUCCCGGAUGUUUAUCUAGCGUGUGAUUGUGCUUUGAUCAGCACAUGUGUUUCGGCUAGUUUGAGUGAGUUAGCACCAUUUCCGAAUGUAACCAACAGUUAGGUAGUAAAAUUUAAAAAACAAAUAUUUGAUGUGCAAAUAACAUUGUGACAGCCCAGGCUACUGCUUUAAAUUUUACUCUAACUCAGUUGUAGUUGUGGGUAUUUAGAGUCACGAAACAGAAAGUAACUGCUUAAACGUUUGAUAUGAACUUUUGAGUUGAUCUCCAGGGAUUUUGUUGUCCUUGUCUCACUUGUCUAAAUGUCACAUUUUGCUACCCUCAUAUUACUUGUCUUGAGUUCACAUUUUUUACCCUAAUUUCACUUGUCUCAAGGUCACAUAGUGUUGCCUUCAUUUCACUUGUCUUAAUGUAACAUUUUGAAGAAUUUUGUGGUCCCCAUUUCACUUGCCUGAAGGUCACAUUGUGUUGUCCUCAUCUAACACAUCUAAUAUUUUUCAUCCCGUCUGUAGUGUUAUUGGCCAUGAUAUAAAUCAAAUACUCCAUUAACCAUUGUUUAACUCUUCAAACAGACGAAAGCUGAGGACAUAACUAUGUUUCAGUCCAUCAACACAGCACGGAGUGUCUUCAUCAUGCUGACCUGGUUUGUACUGUCCAUCACACCAAACUCAGACAGGCUGGGGAAGAACCUAAAAUCAGGAAAAACAGGGCUUGAGAAAGGUUUAGAGAUGGACAGAGUGUCUACUGCGUGAAUCUGAUCCCAGGGCUUCAUUAUCUGAGACAUGAUUUGUUGAACCUCCACCAGCAGCAGUGCCUUUAGCUACUACAUCAAUAUUAACUCAUUCCUUGUACAACUUCACUCUUCAUCUAAACCUUUUUAAGUAAUAAAGUUUAGCAAUUUUCAUUGAUAAAAAAAAAAAAAGAAAAAAGUUGAGAUUAUUCUUUGUUUAGCUGGGGCAACAGUGCAUGAUCUACCAAAAGAACACAUACGUUACCACCAUGCGGAGUGUUGUGCUGUGUGCAAAAUUGUGGCUGCUCUACUAAUCUUUGGUGCACAUAAGGAGAGCCUUCUUGGGGGGAGGGGGGGACACACCUCCUCCCAGCCCCUAUUGCUAAUUGUACAUAGCAAAAUGAAGAAUAUUUUUAAAAAUAAAAUAAGUCAUUAUUUGCUUCAAGUUGCUUUAGUUGAGGGAGUUAGGCCAUAAAAACUAUUUGAAAGGGUUAAACUGUAUUACCUUUCUUGAGUGGGUGGCCGAAAUCCACACAGUGAUUGUUAUUUAAAUUAUAUGGUUUUGUAUUUUUACUGAGCUUCUUGUAAACAUUCAUUGUUAAUUGUGGCUGACCUCCUUGCUACGUUUUUAAAAAAAAACUGGAGUUGAUCAGUGAGUAAGUUGGACAUUUAUAAGAACCCAUAGAAAAAAGUUUUCCACAGAAGCAGGAGAUGAUGGUACCACAUGCCGGUUGCCUCAAGUAGGACAUGGUGGCACCACUUGCCGGCUGCCUCAAGCAGGAGAGAGUGGCACUAGUUGCCGGUUGCCUCAAGCAGGAUAUGGUGGCACCACUUGCCGGUUGCCUCAAGCAGAAUUUCAUUUGAGAUGACCGAAUGAAUGAGAAAAAAGAAAGUUCUCUAAAAAUUAGCAUGGAAUUGUAAUCAUUGAACUUUAUUUUUCUUUAACACAGUAACUUAUUUUCUUUAAUUCAACAUUCCAUAAAACCUGACCAGGUUCCUGUUUCUAAAUAUUAGGCAUACACCGUGUUUUAUACUUCAACAACAUCCACUGAUGAUUUCCUGGCCACAUUCCGUGGGAAGCAUCACCAGGUCUAUCUUAAUAACUUUAAAGUUUGACCUCAGAUAUCAGGAUUUUUUUGGUUAUCUACUGUGGAUACAAAAAUUGACGCAUUUUUAGUGGAUUUCACACAAUGGAACUUUGUAUUGCAAUAAUCAUGCAUUAUUUUAAUUUUUUUUAAAAAUACUUUAAUCACCCCUUUCCAAUCUGUUUAAAUGUAAUAUGUGUAUCCAUUUAUGUGCAUCCCAUGGACUGCAUGCCCUAAGGUUUAAGAACCACUGUUGAAUACUUCAUAAAUAAUUAGUUGCUGUUCAAAAUAUUUUCCUUUUUUUUUCUUCUUCAUAGUUUUUCAAUGCCAAUUAGUGUAAAUAAAUUGUUGAGUAGAAAUAUUGUGAAGACAGGCUCAGGCUGAUUAAAGAUUCAGUCGAGGAUGAUUUAAAAAAAAGGUGGAGUGCUGUAGAUAGGGGCAACCAAAGAUUUAACUUGAUACUUGUUUUGACAGUGGAUAAUUAAAUUUGUUUAUUUGUUAUCUCAAAAAGGUAACAGAUUUAUUGAUAUAUAUCGCUAUAGCGACAGUGACAUGUCCAAAUUUUUUUUAAGCAAAGGGUCAACUGUAUUAUGAUGUAACCACUGUAUCCUGGCCCCAGUUCCUUCAUUUGUAUAUUUUAUUCAUGAUAAUCCGUCCAUAUGAAUGUAACUUAAAUUAAAAAAAUUAUUUUGUUCAUUUUGUUCUCCAGUAGUGCAUAUAAGCCAUUAAGAUUAAAUCUUAACUUGAC